GAAACCACAUGACAUAACCUCAAAAUAAAAAAUGCUAAUUCGUUUUUUUUGCGUAAUGAUAUUUCCUUAAAUGAUAACGUAGUUUAUAUUGAAGAAACACGUGUUAUAUUACAAUAAACUGAUAACCUUAACAAAAACGAAAAGGUUAGAAAAUGUCCACAAUAAGUAAAUUCGAAGACCGAAAAAUGGGAAGGGGCCGAGUAUCGUCGGGUUUAACCCACGAAUGCGGCGUGUUUGGAUUAGUAACAACGGGAGAUGAAGAAUCCCUCGAAGUCUCGCAAUUAUUACUUUUCGGCCUCGAAGCGCUCCAACACCGAGGCCAAGAAUCAACGGGAAUCGUUACGAGCGAUGGAAAAGUGUUUCAUACGCAUAAAGGGAUGGGGUUGGUUCGAAACGUUUAUAACGCGGAAAAUGUCAGGAAAUUAACGGGUUAUUUAGGGAUUGGACAUACCCGAUACUCAACAGCCGCUGCAUCAGAACAAGUUAAUUGCCAACCUUUCGUGGUACACUCAAUGCAUGGUUUAUUAGCGGUCGCUCAUAAUGGGGAAUUAGUUAAUGCAGCAAGUUUAAGAAAAAUGGUACUUCAAAGAGGUGUUGGGUUAUCAACGAGUUCUGAUAGCGAAUUAAUAACGCAAGCUUUAUGUUUAAAUCCUCCGGAAGGUGAAGUAAACGGCCCCGAUUGGCCGGCGAGGAUAAAACAUUUAAUGCAAUUAGCCCCGUUAAGUUACUCUUUGGUGAUUAUGUUGAAAGAUCGAAUUUACGCCGUAAGAGAUCCCUAUGGGAAUAGACCGCUGUGUUUGGGGAGAUACCCAGCACCUGAAGUAUUGAAUGGGUGUUCGCCGGAAGGGGGUGCAACCGGUUGGGCCGUUGCGUCCGAAUCAUGCGCUUUUUUAUCGUACAUUCAAUACGAACGUGAGGUAUUUCCUGGGGAAAUCAUCGAAAUGAGAUCUUCGGGCGUUCGAACGGUCGAAAUUGUUGGACGUCCCAAUAAGAAUAAGCAAGCUUUUUGCAUUUUUGAGUACGUUUAUUUCGCACGCCCCAACAGCGUCUUUGAGGGGCAAGAGGUUUAUAAGGUUCGGAUGCAAUGCGGGAAACAAUUAGCUUUGGAGCACCCCGUUGAGGCGGAUUUAGUUGGAUCAGUUCCCGAAUCGGGAAACGCGGCCGCUUAUGGAUAUUCAAAACAAUCAAAAAUUCCUUUUGGCGAAUUAUUAACUAAAAAUACUUAUGUUGGGAGGACUUUUAUUCAGCCGAAUAACCGUUUGAGGCAAUUAAACGUUUCUUUAAAAUUUUGCCCUAUUAGUGCUAAUGUAAAGGAUAAAAGGGUCAUUUUAAUCGAUGAUUCAAUCGUUCGGGGUAACACAAUUGGCCCCAUUAUUAAGUUGCUUCGAAAAGCGGGGGCUAAGGAGGUUCAUAUUCGAGUUGCAAGCCCUCCUUUACGAUUUCCUUGUUACAUGGGGAUUAAUAUUCCAACUCGGCAAGAAUUAAUAGCGAAUACGCAUGAGUCUAAGGAUUUAUCAGUACAAGUUGGGGCGGAUAGUUUGCAUUAUUUAAGCGUUGAUGGGCUUGUUAAGGCGGUCCAGCAAGACAUAAAGGAUUCCUCCCCGGAUAUUGGGCACUGCACGGCGUGCUUGACUGGAAAUUAUCCUGGUGGGGUCCCCGAUGAAAUCGAUUGGUGAUGAAGAGAUUUGUUAGGUUAGAAUUUUAGAGUUUGUUUCUUUUGCAUUUUUUUCCCGUUUGGUGUAAAUGAGACGAUUUUUUCUCGAAUUAUCAGUAUUUAGGACUAAAUUGGAAGCUAAAACGACCAAUAAAACAUAAUAAUUAAUAAAAUUCCCCACAAAAUAAAGUUUGUAAAAAUAAA